AUGGCUCCGGGAGAAAAGGAAAGGGGCGACGGGCUGGCCAAGGGUGCCCCCCGGAAGGUGCGCACAGCCACCCUGGUUAUCACGUUAGCCCGAGGCUGGCAGCAGUGGGCCAAUGAAAACAGUACCAGGCAGGCCCAGGAGCCGGCAGGCUGGAUGCCAGGGAGCACCCAGGACCCACCGGACACGUCUGGACCAGCGACAGGCGCCCCCACCCGCUGGAAAGCUCAGAGGGUCCCAAAGCCUUCCUCCCCGAAGCCAGAGGGACCUGGAGAAGAUGCUCACGGCUCAGAGGAAGCCACCGCGGUUUCUCCUAUCAAAAGGAAAGAGGUGACCAAGACGGUCGUCAGCAAGGCUUACGAGAGAGGAGGGGACCUGGGCCACCUCAGCCACCGGUACGAGCAGGAGGGCGGCCCGCCGGAGGGCGGCCCGCCGGAGGGCUACGUGGACAGGCUGCUCCGCAGCCGCGGCUCCCCCACGCGGCGGAGGAAGUGUGCCCGGCUGGUGACCGAGCUGACCAGAGGCUGGAAGGCGAUGGAGCGGGAGGGGCCCCAGUGCCGGAGCGACAGCGUGGACACGGAGGACAGUGGCUAUGGAGGCGAGGCGGACGAGAGGCCGGAGCCGGCUGGAGAGCAGGAGGCCGUGGCCAGGAUCAAACGCCCCUUGCCCUCCCAGGCAAACAGAUUCACAGAGACGCUCAACUGCAAAGCCCAGCGGAAAUACAGCCAAGUGGGCAACCUGAAAGGGAGAUGGCAACAGUGGGCUGAUGAACAUAUCCAAUCCCAGAAGCUCAAUCCUUUCAGUGAAGAGUUUGAUUAUGAGUUGGCCAUGUCUACCCGCCUGCAUAAAGGAGACGAAGGCUACGGCCGUCCCAAGGAAGGAACCAAAACUGCCGAACGGGCCAAGAGAGCCGAGGAACACAUCUACAGAGAAAUCCUGGACAUGUGUUUCAUCAUCCGCUCGAUGGCUCGCCACAGACGGGACGGCAAGAUCCAGGUCACCUUUGGGGAUCUCUUCGACAGAUAUGUCCGUAUUUCAGAUAAAGUCGUGGGCAUUCUCAUGCGUGCCAGGAAGCACGGACUGGUCGACUUUGAAGGAGAGAUGUUAUGGCAAGGCCGGGAUGACCAUGUUGUGAUUACCCUACUUGAGUGA